UGACAAGCGCCGACGAUUAAUUCUUUUGCAUCUCGUCGUACACACAACACAACCAGCCAAAAUGUCUUCUAUGCGAAAUGCCGUGGCACGACGCCCUCACAGAGAGCGUGCGCAGCCUUUAGAACGUCGAAGACUCGGUCUUCUUGAGAAGCACAAGGAUUACUCGCUUCGAGCCAAAGACUUCAACAAGAAGAAGGCGCAGCUCAAGAACCUCAAGGAAAAGGCGGCCGAGCGAAACGAGGAUGAGUUCUACUUCGGUAUGAUGUCCCGAAAGGGACCGGGGUCGAAGAUCCAGGAUGGCAAGCGAUGGAGUGGAACGGUCGAGGGCGAUCGAGGAAAUAAGGCGAUGGACGUUGAGACUGUGCGGCUUUUGAAAACGCAGGAUAUUGGAUACAUUCGAACGAUGCGACAGGUUGUGGCGAAGGAGGUUGCGAGACUAGAAGAGCAGGUCGUUCUCACACGAGGUUUCGACAAGCUUGACGAGGAUGAGGACGAUGAAGACGAGGGCAGCGACUCUGAAUUCGACUUUGCGACCGCUCCGUCAAGACCUAAAGAGCCCCGAAAGAUUGUAUUCAUGGACGACGAAGAGCAGCGUGAGGAAACAAUACUGGAUCUCGAGGAUGAAGAUGACGCCGACAAGACAUUUGAAGGAUUCGACGAUGAUAAGAAGAAAGAAGCUGAAUUUGAGCGCGCAAAGGCCCUUCGUCGCCUUCGCCGCCAACUCGAGAAUGCGCGCAAGAAGCUCAAGGCUCUUACGGACGCAGAGGGCGAAUUGGAGAUCCAGCGCGCAAAGAUGGCCAAGACAGCGACGUCGGGAGGAACUACACGCAAAGGAAAGAAGAUCAUGGUGCGGACACGGAAGCGAUAAACACAUCACCAAGAAUUAAUUUGAAUUAUGGAGCUCUUCUCGUCAUUUCGUGUUCAGUUCGUUACGGCUCGCUAGCUAAUAGAUACCCUUCAAAACGCCAUGGGUUUAUGAUACAGAAAAAGAACUGGCCGCGCUCGAAUUAAAAUAAAUGUCCA